AUGGCUCAAGGCUUUUUCUGCAAUUUUUCCUGUAGGGCCUGUGCCAGCAGCAAGACAGAGAGUAAAGCUGGAGACAUCAUGGACCAGCAAUUUGAAGAGAUGAACAACAAACUCAACUCAGUCACUGACCCCACUGGCUUUCUGCGGAUGGUUCGCCGCAAUAACCUCUUUAACAGGAGUUGCCAGAGCAUGACAAGCCUGUGCAGUCAUGCUGUGUCGCCGACCCAGGAUGGGACCUCCUCUCUUCCCAGGAGGCAGAGCUCGUUCACUAAGCCCCCUCUCCGUGCCCUGUAUGACCUGCUCAUAGCGCCCAUGGAAGGGGGCCUGAUGCACGCCAGUGGCCCUGUCGGCCGGCACCGGCAACUGACCUUGGUCCGAGGGGAGCUCUACCUCAUCCCCUUUGCCCUCCUGAAGGGAAGCUCCUCCAACGAGUACCUCUAUGAGUGCUUCGGCCUUCUCGCUGUCCCCUCCAUCCGCUCCCUCAGUCCGCAGUCCAAGUCCCACCUGAGAAAGAACCCACCCACCUACUCCAGCUCCACGUCCAUGGCAGCUAUCAUUGGCAACACCAAACUCCCAUCAGCAGUGAUGGACAGGUGGCUGUGGGGGCCAAUGCCAUCAGCUGAGGAGGAAGCCUACAUGGUGUCUGAGCUUCUGGGCUGCCAGCCCCUGGUGGGCAGUGUGGCCACCAAGGAGAGGGUCAUGAGUGCCCUGAUCCAGGCGGAGUGCGUCCACUUCGCUACCCACAUCUCUUGGAAGCUGUCAGCCCUGGUCCUCACACCCAAUGUGGAUGGCAACCGUGCCAGCAGCAAGAGUUCAUUUGGCCACCCUUACACCAUCCCUGAGUCCCUGCGGGUGCAGGACGAUGCCAGCGACGGGGAAAGCAUCUCGGACCGCCCACCCCUGCAGGAGCUGCUACUCACGGCUGCCGAUGUCUUAGACCUGCGGCUGCCCGUGAAGCUGGUGGUGCUUGGCUCCUCUCAGGAGUCCAACAGCAAAGUCACAGCUGACGGCGUUAUCGCGCUUACACGGGCCUUCCUAGCCGCUGGCGCACAGUGUGUCCUGGUGUCUCUGUGGCCUGUGCCGGUGGCUGCCUCCAAAAUGUUUAUCCAUGCCUUCUACUCAUCCCUGCUGAAUGGCCUGAAAACCAGUGCCGCCCUGGGGGAGGCCAUGAAGGUGGUGCAGAGCAGCAAAGCCUUCUCACACCCCUCCAACUGGGCAGGGUUCCUGCUCAUUGGGAAUGAUGUUAAGCUGAACAGUCCCUCGUCGCUCAUUGGCCAGGCCCUCACAGAGAUCUUGCAGCACCCAGAGCGCGUGUGUGACGCCUUGCGAGUGCUACUGCACCUGGUGGAGAAGUCCUUGCAGCGCAUCCAGAAUGGACAACGCAAUGCCAUGUACACAUCCCAGCAGAGCGUGGAGAACAAAGUGGGUGGCAUCCCUGGCUGGCAGGCUCUCCUAACCACCGUGGGCUUCCGACUGGAUCCCCCGGCCAGCGGCCUGCCGGCGGCUGUCUUCUUCCCAACCUCUGACCCGGGUGACCAGCUGCAGCAGUGCAGCAGCACCAUCCAAUCCCUGCUGGGUCUACCCAAUCCUGCCCUCCAAGCCCUCUGCAAACUCAUCACUGCCUCGGAGACGGGCGAGCAGCUCAUUAGCCAGGCUGUUAAAAAUAUGGUUGGAAUGCUCCACCAGGUGCUGGUUCAGCUCCAGGCCAGCGAGAAGGAGCAGGACUCUGCCUCAGCCCCCAUUCAGGUCUCCAUCAGUGUCCAGCUAUGGCGGCUCCUGGGAUGUCACGAAUUCUUGGCAGCACUAGGUUUUGAUCUCUGUGAAAUUGGUCAGGAGGAAGUAAUCCUAAAAACCGGGAAGCAAGCCAACUGCUGGACCGUGCACUUCGCUCUGCAGUCCUUGCUGUCUCUCUUCGAUUCUACGGAGCUACCCAAGCGCCUCAGCCUCGACAGCUCCUCCUCCCUGGAGUCUCUGGCUUCAGCUCAGUCUGUUUCCAACGCCCUGCCCUUGGGCUACCAGCACCCUCCCUUCUCUCCCACCGGUGCGGACAGCAUCGCCUCAGAUGCCAUUUCUGUAUACAGUCUGAGCUCCAUCGCCUCCUCCAUGAGCUUUGUCUCCAAACCUGAGGUGGGGUCAGAGGGCGGAGGCCCCAGAGGACGGCAGGACAGGUCCAAGGGUGCUUACCCACAGCGAUCCACCCUGCCUCGGAGCCAGAUGUCUCCCCAGACCCGCCCUGCAGGCAACAAAGAGGAAGAAGAAUACGAAGGGUUUUCCAUCAUCAGUACUGAGCCUUUGGCAGCCUACCAAGAAAACAGGACAACUCGCUUCUCAUCAGAUCACAAGCAAUCUAGAGUCGGGACAGCUGGAGCUGUGAAAGUUUCAGUAAGCUCCAAAGGGAGCAUAAGCACUCCAAAUUCUCCAGUUAAAAUGACUCUGAUUCCCAGCCCAAACUCACCCUUCCAAAAGGUUGGAAAACUAGCAAGUUCAGAUACAGGAGAAUCGGACCAGUCUAGCACAGAAACAGAUAGUACCGUGAAAUCUCAAGAAGAAAGCAACCCAAAGCUGGAUCCACAAGAGUUUGCCCAGAAGAUUCUAGAGGAGACGCAAAGUCAUCUCAUUGCGGUGGAACGUCUUCAGAGGAGUGACAGUCAGGUGAACAAGAGUAACAAUCCAGAAGACGGCAUCUCGGUGCCAAAUAGUGCUGCCGUCUUCAGAGCAUCAGAGACAAGUGCGUUCAGUAAGCCUAUCCUCUCCCAUCAGAAGAGUCAACUGUCACCAGUCAGUGUUAAACCAAAGCCCCCAGCCAGGAGCUCAUCCCUGCCCAAGGUGAGCUCCAGAUACAGCAGCCCCACCACCUCUGAGACGUCUAUCAGAGACAGCCUGAGCCAGCUCAGUGGCCGGCCAUCACCUGGCUCUGACUCCCAGACUUCACUGAUGGACCAGCCCCUCUUCAAACUGAAGUAUCCCAGCUCUCCUUACAGCGCUCACAUUUCCAAAUCACCAAGGAAUAUGUCCCCAAGCUCAGGCCAUCAGUCUCCUGCUGGCAGUGCUCCGUCCCCAGCUCUCUCCUACUCCUCAGCUGGCUCUGCUCGUUCGAGUCCAGCUGAUGCUCCUGACACAGACAAACUGAAAAUGGCAGCCAUUGAUGAAAAGGUGCAGGCUGUCCAUAACCUGAAGAUGUUUUGGCAAAACACACCCCAACAUUCUCCAGGACCAGUGAAAAUCUUCCGUGGGACCCCUGGAACGAUGACUUCCAAAAGAGAUGUCCUCAGUCUGUUAAAUUUGUCACCAAGGCACGCCAAGAAGGAGGAAGGAGUUGAUAAGCUUGAACUGAAGGAGUUGUCUCUGCAGCAACCUGAGGAAGCACCACAAAAAGCCCGUCCCAAUGGACUGCACACUGAGACCACCACACUGAGCAUGCUGCCGCUGCCCACCGGCCCUCCUGCCGGGGCCCCUGCACAUCCUUUGAGACUUCCCUCUGGAAACGGCUACAAGUUCCUGUCCCCAGGAAGAUUUUUCCCUUCUUCCAAAUGCUAA